AUGGCUUGCAGAGAGAUGGAAAAGCAAGGCGAUAUCCGCAUACUCCGGACAAGCGGCCUGUGGGAGACCCAAGCUAUGUACGUCACUGACCAAGCGAGUUUCCUCAACGGUGUCUGUGAGGUGCGGACAUCUCUAGAGCCUUUCCAAUUGCUUGACAGACUACAAGCAAUAGAGACCGCCUUAGGCAGGGUGAAGGUCGUUGACAAAGGCCCGCGAAACAUCGACCUUGAUAUCCUUCUCUAUGGUGAAAAGACCGUCAGGAGCGAACGCUUGACGGUGCCUCACCCGCUGAUGUUGGAACGGGAAUUCGUGCUUCGUCCUCUCUGCGAGCUUAUACCAACCACCCAUCACCCCAAAUCUGACCAGUACAUCCAUCAUCUCAAGCGCCUCCCGCCGGUCCCAGAGAAACUGUCGACUGUGACGCCUCUCUCACCCUCUCUCCCACCCAUAACAGCACUAAAUCCCGCCCGCAAGACCCACGUCAUGUCCAUUCUCAACGUAACGCCUGACUCCUUCUCCGACGGCGGCCUCCACAACCCCACCAACCUCACUUCCCUCCGCGAAACCAUCCUCGCUCACAUCGCCGCCGGCGCCACCAUCAUCGACGUAGGCGGCCAAUCAUCCCGCCCCCAUGCGCCUUCCAUCAGCGCAGGAGAAGAAAUCGCCCGUGUCCUACCAGCUAUUCAACUUAUCAAAUCCCUUCCCGAAGCCCGCAGCGUUGCCGUAAGCAUCGAUACCUACCGCGCCGCCGUCGCCGAAGCAGCCGUGAAAGCCGGCGCCGACAUCGUUAACGACGUCUCGGCUGGAACUAUGGACCCAGAUAUGCUGCCCACGGUCGCAAAGCUAGGCGUCACGGUCUGCCUGAUGCACAUGCGCGGUACGCCAGAGACCAUGACGCGUCUGACCGACUACCCCGACGGCGUGGUAGAGACAGUCGGCAGAGAACUACGCGAGCGGGUCGCCGCAGCAGAAGAAGCAGGCAUCCGGCGAUGGCGCAUCAUGCUCGACCCCGGCAUCGGCUUCGCGAAGAACCAGGCGCAGAACCUGGAGCUGCUGAGACGGCUGGGCGAGUUGAGGGAGUACGAGGGACUGCAGGGCCUGCCGUGGCUGGUAGGGACGAGCAGGAAGGGGUUUAUUGGGAAGAUUACGGGUGUGAAGGAGGCGAGGGAGAGGAGCUGGGGCACGGCUGCUGCGGUUACGGCGGCUGUGCAGGGUGGGGCUGAUGUGGUGAGGGUACAUGAUGUGGACGAGAUGGCGAAGGUGGUCAAGAUGGCGGAUGCGGUGUGGAGGGUGUGA